CUUCCUCAUUUGUUGUUUUCAGGUUUCCCAGGCGAGUCCCCCAGGGGGUGGGGGAGAGCUGGGACCCUCCUCGCCCACUCUCCCUGGCCCCACGGGCCCUGGCAAGGCAGGGAGUGGGGGAAGGAAGGAGACUUCCUGGAGGAUGAGGGACCGGGAGGGCAGUUGCCGGCUUGAGGACCUUCCCACCUGGCUGGCUCUGUCUCCUUCCCUUUCUUUCUGAACUUUCUCUCUCUCUCUCCCUCCCUCCAUCCCUUGUGCUCCAGCUCGUCGGGGAAAACCCACCACGACAGAUGACAUCCGGACGGGGAUGACGGGCGACAGGUCUCACCCCCCCAUCACCAUGCGGCCGCGCCGGUUCUUCAUCUUGGUGCAGGAUUUCUCUGGGGGAGGUGGGGGGCAGGUGCCCCGGGGCAGCCUCCUGAGCCAGGCGGGCGAGCCCCCCUCCCCGGACUGCCCCUUCUGGGCCAAGCUGCUGGACACGGAGGCCAUGGUGCAGGUGCCGGCCCGGGCUGCGCGAGAACUGAGCAAAGAGCAAGCCAGGAUGCUGCAGGCCGUGACCAAUGGGGAUGAGCGACUGGAGCUCUUCAGGCAGGAGGGGCUGCUGGGCAGGCGGGGGGCCCUGCGCCUGGGGGACCGGGUCCGGGUCCAGAUCACCUCGGCCUCUGGGGAGAAGGUCCGGGGUGUCCUGCGCUACCGAGGACCCAUGGGAGACAGCAAGGAGCAGGCUGGAGUCAUCUUCGGGGUGGAACUGGUGGGAUCAGCGGCUGGGAAGGGUUUCACCGACGGCUCCUUCAGAGGCCAGAAGUUCUUCUCCUGCCGGGAGAACUGCGGGGUUUUUGUGCCUGUGAGCCGGAUUGAGCCAGAGGAGGGGUCCGAGUGCAGCCCCCUCAUGGCUCCCCGGGGCAGCCGCCGGGCAUGCACCAGGCUCCAGCUGGCUGCAGAGGACCCCCUCAAAUCUCCACCCCUGGAGCUCGGCGAUCGGGUCUUCUUCAAGAUGGGUGACAGUGCCCCCAUGGGCACUGUGGUUUUCUGCGACUAUCUGCCGAAGAAGGAGAUGACUGGGGUCUUUGUGGGGAUCUUCCUGGAUCAGCCCGUUGGCUCAUGGGAUGGCAAAUUCAAAGACCAAUCACUCUGCCACCUCCCCUCUCCAGAGUAUGGGAUCCUCCUGCCAAUCACCAAAGUACAUAAAGAAAAGGCUGAUGAAGGCCCCAAGACCUUGAGUGAUGACUCCUCUCUAGGGCUCCUCAAUGACCUCCCAUCCCCCUCCUCCAUUCGAUACCCCCCCAGACCGGAAUGGGAGUCCCCUCAUGGCUCCCCCUCCUCCCUGUUGACGGGGGGCACCGAGGAGCGGGGGGAAGGGGAGGAAGGAGAGGAGGAGGAGCUGGCUUCACCCCCGCUGGAAAUCAACUCUAUGGUGGAGGUGCACGACCCCCCAAUCUACGGGGUGAUCCGCUGGACUGGGAAGCUGCCAGAUGUGAGGGAGACCAUUGCAGGGCUGGAGCUGGAGGAGCCGCUGCCCUCGGGCUGCACGGACGGGAUCUACCGAGGGAUGCGAUACUUCCAGUGCCCACCUGGCAAGGCUCUCUUCGUCAAGCUACGCCACUGUCGGCCCGAUGCCCGCUUUGGGGUGCCCCAGCCCCCCGAGAACCCCGUGCUGCGCUGCAACUCACUGGCUUUCAGGGUCUAUGCCAGCGAGCGGGUGCCAGAGGACACCCCCCCGGGGCUGGGUGAAGAGGGGGCUCAGCGCCUGAUAGGCUGGAAGAAGGGGAUCCAGGGCCAUUGCAACUCCUGCUACCUCGACGCCACCCUCUUCUGCAUGUUUGCCUUCAGCUCCGUGCUGGACUCGCUGCUGCUGCGCCCCCCGGACAAGAACGACGGGGCAGCUUACGAGGAGACCCGGGACCUGCUGAGAACCGAGAUCGUUAACCCCCUGCGCAAACAUGGCUACGUCUGCGCCACCAAGGUGAUGUCCCUGCGGCGGGUGCUGGAGGCGGCUGGACACUCCCCGGGCUUCACCAGCGAGGAGAAAGACCCCGAGGAGUUCCUCACCCUGCUGUUCCGGGUGCUGAAGGUGGAGCCCCUCUUUAAGAUCCGGUCGGCGGACAAGGACCCCCAGGGCUGCAUCUUUUACCAGAUCUUCAUGGAGGGGAGUGCAGGGGGGGCGGGGCGGGGGGUCCCCACAGUGCAGCAGCUGCUGGAGGGGUCACUGGCUGCUGGUGACCUCAAGUUCACUGAGGCCCCCUCCUGCCUCAUCCUGCAGAUGCCCCGCAAUGGCAAAGACUACAAGGCCUUCGCCACCAUCCUGCCUAGCCUGGAGCUGGACCUUACUGACCUGCUGGCGGCCACCCCCCGGGAGUGCUGCAUCUGCCAGGCUCUGGCGCUGAGCGAAUGCCCCCAGUGCUUCGGGGACCCCAGCAUCGGGGCAGGGAGCACCCGUCAGUACUGCGCUAUCUGCUGCCAGCAGGUUCACCGUCACCGCGCCCGGCGCGCCCACCGCCCCCGCGCCCUGCGCCUACCCCCAGAGCUGGAGCACCUGCCGCCCCCACCAGGCCCCCCGCCCCGCCAGACUAUGCAGCUCUACGCCGCCCUCUGCAUCCACACCAGCCACUACGUGGCCUUCGCCCGCCACGGUCCACGCCGCGGCCAAUGGCUCUUCUUUGACAGCAUGGCCGACCGCCAGGGUGGCCAGAAUGGCUUCAACAUCCCGCGGGUCACACCUUGCCCGGAGGUGGCUGACUACCUGGAGAUGAGCCCGGAGGAGCUCCAGGUGCUGGACCCCAAGUCCCUGCCCCCCUGUGCCCGACGCCUGCUCUGCGAUGCCUACAUGUGCCUCUACCACAGCCCCACCCUGGGGCUCUACAAAUAGUCUCUCCCCUGGGGUGGAGGGAUACGGCGACUGAGGAGAGGGCAACGGGGCUGCUGCCCAAUGAGGGGACUUUAUUUGCACCAUGAAUGCACCUGUGCCUUUAAGAAGCGGCUGGAAACUACUUGGACCUAUAGCUCAACCUUGGUAUCCUUAUGCCCCCUAAAAGGGCUGGAUCAGAGCUGGUGCCUCCUGGAGGGGAAAGGUCCUGUGUCCCAUUCCCCACCCCCUGAGCCAGCCAGUCCCACAUCCUGGGGCCGGAUUGGAGCUGGCGCCCCCUAGAGGGGAAAGGCCCCAUGUCCCAUUCCCCACCCCCUGAGCCAGCCAGU